AUGACCAAUCCGACUCUUUGGUAUGUCAAGAACCUAGAGAACAACCGCACCCUCAAGGUUUUGGCUCUGGCGUCGUUCGCAAACGUUACCGUUGAUCAUCAUGAGUGUGAGAUGAGUAAGGAAAACGAAACCGAGUUUUUUGCCAAAAACUGCCACCCCUGCGGGCGCUACCCAGUCUUGCAAACGGAAGAGGGCUUCAUUUUUGAAUCCAACGCCAUCGCUCGCCAUAUUGCGCGUCUCGACAAGAGCGGCAAUCACCUUUACGGGCGCACGCCAUUUGAAAAUAGCCAAGUCGACAUGUGGCUCGACUUUUCCACCACUGAGUUGGACUUGCUCGGGAUUUCCUACUUUCUGAACUUUUUACGGAAUAUACCGGUUCCUGAAGAUACGAGCUGUAAACUGGAAGAAGUCAUGGGGAACCUGGAUAAAUGCCUGGAGAACCGAACCUUUCUGGUGGGCGAGCGCAUGACAGCGGCCGACGUCAUUAUUGCCUUUUCCCUGCGCUUUAUUUACCGUGUGAGCGGCAGCCUUGGUGAGGAGAUGUCGAAGAAAUACAAGAACGUUUUCCGCUUGUACAACACGAUUGUACAGCAUCCAAAGAUGGUCGAAUUCUUCAGAGAGUUGGGUACCUCUUCCGCACCCUUUAAAUCCGAGAAACCGGUGGACAAGAAGCAGAAACCUGCGAAGAGUGCGCCGAAACCCGCUGCCAAGAAAGACGACGACGAGGAAGAGGAGGAGGAGGUGCCGAAAGAAAAGAAGGUGGCGAACCCACUCGACAUGCUGCCACCGAGCUCCUUUGUUUUGGACGCCUUCAAACGGGAAUACAGCAAUACCGACACCCGCACCGUGGCCGCGCCGUACUUCUUCGACAAGUUCGACGCGAGCGGCUACUCUUGCUUUUGGUGCCGCUAUAAGUACAACGAAGAAAAUAAAAGACAAUUCAUGACGGCCAAUCUCAUCCGUGGGUGGUUCCAGCGGAUGGAGCACCUCCGGAAGUACGUCUUUGGCGUCGCGUUAAUUAUGGGUGAAGAAUCCAAACAUGAUAUCGUGGGGUUCUGGGUCUUCCGUGGGCAGGGUAUCCCUCAGGUCGUUGAGGAGGUUGCCGAUACUGAGCUGUUUGACUGGGUACCGAUUACGGACAUCAAUGCUGAAAAGGAGACGAUUACGGAUUACCUCUGUUGGGAUGGUCUUACAUUUCCCCUUCCAAUUCUGGAGGGACGCACCUUUAAGUAA